GUAUACGUAACAUAGCUGCUUCGUUCAUGUCUGCUCUGUGCAUUUGAAGUUGAAGCUGAAGAACGUUUCCGACGUCCAUCUCGCAAAGUUACGACUUUUCUAUAUGGGUUACCUCUCACAACCAGCGCUCAAAAAUCUCAAAAAAUAUUCCUAUAAAGGUGUAGAUGAAUCUUUGGUUUCACAUUACCUCCUUACGCCAUACUGGAAUUGGUUUAUCAAGCUCUUCCCACUAACCAUUGCUCCAAAUACCAUAACCUUGCUUGGCCUAUGCAUCGUCGUUUUUAAUGUCGUCACGCUACUAUAUUAUGACCCCCUUUACUUGACAGAGAAGGAUGGAGCAACCGGGCCUCCUCAGUGGAUAUACUUUACAUGGGCGGUUGGGUUGUUCAUGUACCAAAGUUUGGAUGCAGUAGAUGGGAAGCAGGCACGGAGAACGGGAAUGGCCGGUCCUUUGGGAGAAAUGUUUGAUCAUGGUUGCGACGCGCUCAACACUACACUUGAGGUCGUUCUUGCGUCGCGUGCACUCAAUCUCGGCCGCUCGUGGUGGACUGUUGCAUCGCAAAUAGCAACCCUUGCCAACUUCUACUUGACCACAUGGGAAGAAUAUCAUACUGGAAUAUUGUACCUCGGUCCUUUUUCAGGUCCAGUAGAAGGUAUCUUAAUGAUCGUGACCAUCUAUGUUAUAACGGGAAUUUUUGGCCCUACGUUCUGGGACAAGAAACUCUUGACUUUCACCCGUCUAGAUAGAAUACCCCAAGUUGUUCAGCACGUUCCUAACAUUGGCCUUAAUGAGUCUUUCAUGGUCUUUGGUGCUUUUGGUCUGGCUUUCAAUAUCUUCUCAAGCUACCGCAACGUCAUCAAAGCCACCAAAUCUGACGGGGAGUCGAGUCUCAAACCUCUCAUCUACCUCUUGCCCUUCGUUGUUUCAGCGACCCUCCAGAUCUUUUGGUUGCUGAGCCCCUCCUACCAUGAUUCCGCCAUCAUUCACUCACCACUCUUCCUACCGUUUCUUUGUGCAUGGGGCUUACAGUUUGCUCAUCAAGUGGGAAGGAUGAUCUUGAGCCAUAUUACACGUUCACCGUUUCCCCUGUGGCACAGCAUGUGGUUAUGGAGUAUUGUCGGGGUGGUCGAUGCUCAGCUCCCGUUCCUAUUUGACAGACCCUCACUAAUACAGUCAACACCAAAGCGAACGGCGGUGUUCAUCUACCUGACACUCGCAGUUUCCCUCAUCACCUAUGCGCGCUUCUGUGCGCUAGUUAUUAGGGAUAUCACGGAGUUUCUCGGUAUCGCUUGUUUUACUGUGCGCAAGAAGGAUGGGGAGGGCGUGUGGAGGGAGACGCGUGAUAUCCAGCAGGAUGGGUACGUGAAACGGCUUUGAUGCGGGUGGUUCAAAAUUGGGACAGUACAUCCCGGGUUUCUCGUCUAGACUCUGGUGCGGACUGUGCGUAGUAUCAAUCUAGAUUCAUGACUUCGUCUACCAAAUACCGUUGCUCGAAUAUGACUGAGUGUGAAA